UCUCUCUUUCAGUGUGUGCGUGUCUCUCGCUCUCUCUCUCUCUCUCUCGCCUCUUGUCCGGCCCCCUGAUCUUUCUGUCCAUUGGCUUCUUCGGGUCUAUUUUUCAUGUCCAGCCCCUAAUGAGUGUCCAUUGGUUUUGUUAUUUCCACUCCCUCCUCCCACUCCACGGCUUUGCCCUGCCCAUGUUCUGUAUGUCUAUGUCCAUCCAUCUCCUGACGUUCAAGUUCGCAGGGACGUCACGUCCGCACUUGAACUUGCAGCUCAGGGGGGCUUUUGCCAUUUUUUCAUCUCUCUCUCUCUCUUUUCAAAAAAGCCAUGACGGCUAUCCCACAAUCCAUCUUCCCUGCGCCAUCUUUGUAUUAUUUCUAAUUUAUUUUGGAUGUCAAAGGCAUUGAUGAAGAUAUUUUCUCUGGAGUCUCCCUUCUAACCCGGCUCUCCCGAUGUGAACCGAGCUGAAAGCCACCACCAACCACCAUGUCUCGCCGCAAGCAAGGCAAACCCCAGCACUUAAGCAAACGGGAUUUUUCGCCCGAGCCCCUGUCAGCCGUGGUCUCGGAGGAGAGGCAGGAACAGCGCGGGCUGGUACAGGUAUCUCCAGAGGGAGACCAGGACCUGCUCACCUGUGGCCAGUGUCAGAUGAACUUCCCUUUGGGAGACAUCCUUAUUUUCAUUGAGCACAAAAGGAAGCAGUGCAAUGGCACUUUGUGCAUGGACAAAGCAGUGGAUAAGCCCCCCUCGCCCUCGCAUGGUGAGCUGAGGAGAGCGUCCAACCCCGUGGAGGUGGGCGUCCAGGUCACGCCGGAGGAUGACGACUGCUUAUCGACGUCUUCUCGAGGAAUCUGUCCCAAACAGGAAAACAUUACAGGUAAUCUCAUCCCAUUUGCAGACUUUGACUUAAAAGUUGCAGUUUUGUUACUGGCCGCCAAAGUAGAGUGCAAAGGGUGUGUUCUUAAUGGCACGACGGGCCGCUCAUCCCUACUGGGAGAAAAAGAGGGAUUGAGAGGGGGAGAAUUUGGCACUGGAGGGGCGGUUCGAGGAGUCCUUGCUGUGACAGGAGAGGCCAUCCCCCUCGCUCAGUGUGAGGAAAAGCAGUACCUGUCACAGAGGAAUGGACUUGCUGUGUGA